UUAUCUAACUUCCACCAUAGAUCUGGCCUUAGCGGUGUUCACACGUGUUCUGGAAUUUGGUAUCUAAUAAAAAAAAAAACAAUGCUUAAAUCAACUAUAAAUUGCGUUAAUGCGCACAGAAGAUGUUUAUCAUACUUCUCAAAUGCGUUUAACAACUUGGCCAACCAAAGUGCCUCAAGUCAAAGCGUCAAAAAUUUGGAUUUGGAUGUUUUUGUUAACCAAGAUCACAAACAAAUGGAUUUGGUGGAUAAACUUGUAAAGCUAAGAAAACAAAAGCAUUCUACAUCUGUGCCGCUUCUGCCGAACAUAUUGGUGAAGCAACUACUAGACUUGUCUGGGCCCCAGGACGCAGUUGCUGUUCUGCGAAAUCCUCUGCAAUAUGGCAUAUUCAUUGAUCAGUUUACGGGAUGCCAUUUAAUGGAUCUGCUGCUGCACAAUGGAAACAUUAAGGAAGCUGCCCAAGUCUCAGCUAUACUUGUGGAACGCGACUUAUGCAAUAAUGAAUUGAUUUCUGCCCUCGCACUUAAAUCGUUUUACGCUUAUCUGAAAAUUUAUAAACCUAGCCCACCGCCUGAAAAGCCUGCGAAGCCAGAAGUGAAAGUUCUCGGUGAAACGCUAAUCAAAUUAGGCUUGAGUCCCAGCCUGGAUAAGGAAUUGGCCAAAAAUAUAACUCUGCUUGGCCUCAUAAUGUCUGAUAGCUAUGCUGAGGCUGAACAGUUUAUAGCACAAAACGAACAAAGUCUGUACAAAGAUGUUGUGCAGCUGGGGCAAAAACUAAUUGAGAGUUUAGAGGGAAGAAGCAAUCCCGAAUUUAAAGCUCUCCUGGAUGCGGCGCUAGCGAAGUGUGCGAAGUCUGAUUCAUUUGAUGAGAUUUUGGAUAAACGAGUUAAGCUAAGUGCCAGCAGCUUUGAGCCACAAUUAAUAUCGGAAUACGACAAAAGCUUUAAGGCGUGGCAAGCGAACUUUCAGCGCGCCGUUGACGACCAAAUGAAAGUCCUUGAAACGAACCAGCGCAUUGAGAACAUUGAGAGUACACUGAGUGCCAUGGAAGCGAGGCGACAAAAUCUGUGGUUCUUCGAGAACAAAGAAGACAUCGACAUUCAGAUCUUCAAGAAAAAAGUAUUCUAUCCCAAGCGCUGGUUCGGCAAGAAGAAGAAGCCCAAGGCAGUCGAUGCAUUCUAUGUGCCUCCAACUAUAACUCGAGGACAUAAUUAGAUUUGAGUCAAUUCGAUCUGAUUUGAUUUGUU